AGCCCAAGCGCAGUUCCAUGCGAUCUGUGAUGCCGCAGCAGCUCACAGACGGUCAGGUACAGGCAGCCAGUAUAGACUGGGACUUGACAACCAGUGGACCUCCUGUCGAGUUUUCAUUGGCAGAAGAGAAGCUACUAUUCAAAGACGGUGAAUUGUAUAGGAUUAUACCAGGGAGUGCUUGCUGUUUUCUACCAACACACCAUAAGUGAGGACCUGCAGUUGCAUGGAGGACAACAGGUGUGUAUUUAAGGACCGGUGAGUCAGGAUGUUGAAGAGGAGACAAUAAAGUGGAGCUUGUUUAGCGUCAGUAGCAGUUAGAUGCGUCUGUCCCCUUGUCCGUGACGAUGACAAUGAAGGGCUUGUCGAGUAGCCGGAGACACCAUCACAUGGUGACCUGUGACCCCACCUAUGACUCCAUGACCCUGGGGUGCCAAGCCCGGCCCUACCCGCUGAACCCGGGCAAUGCCCACCCGGCGGACCACCCUUACUAUGCCCAGCGAAGCUCCUUCCAGUCUGAGUGCGGGCCCUACCCUGACCCGGCUAGCAGCACCUUCCCCCGAAGACACUACAGCUCCCACCAUGAACUGAAGGAUGAAUGUGCUGUGGUGCCUUACACCGGAGGCCAGUGGGGAAGCGUUAAAAACAACCGCAUCCCCCCCAACCUUCUGGAGCAGUUUGAACGGCAGGCGCCGGCGCACCAUGACGGCUACCACACACUGCAGUACAAGUGCACAGCGGUGGCGCACCAGCGCAGCGACAGCCCUGGGAGGAUCCGGCAUCUUGUCCACUCGGUCCAAAAGCUCUUCACCAAGUCCCACUCCCUGGAAGGCCCAUCCGGGGAUAGGAUGAACGGGGGCAAGGCCAGCUCUGACGACCCGCCCUCCCACUCGGGCACCCUGAAGCACAGCAGCAAGCGCAGCAAGAGCAAAGACUGCAGCAGGUCGGAGCCCAAGAUCCGCUCAGCCAUCUCAGGCUACUGGAGCUCGGACGACACCCUGGACCGCGAGGUGUGCCUGUACCGCCACCACAGCCCCAUCCCGGGAGGCAUGCCCUCGGGGGUGAUGACCAUGGGCCGCCACCCAGGCAAGUCCCAGUCACAGUACUUCAUGGAGCAGUACAACACCAUCAGCGCCCACUCGCUGAAGACGUCACGAAGCAACAACGACGUCAAGUGUUCUACAUGCGCCGGGUUGCCGGGACUGGGCGCGGGGAUGGACGGGACUGGCCAACUGCUGAAGAAGAGCUUGUGGUCGUCAACGCUGACGGUCAGUAGGGCCAGGGAAGUCUACCAGAACGCAUCGGUCAACCUGGACAAAGCCACGGUCAAGGCUGAUAACUGCCAGCAGGGGGGGCGCCAGAUCUGUCAAUUCCUCCAGGUACCCCAGGACGAAUGGAGUAGGGGGUUCUUGCCCGUGGGGAUAGACGAGGAGAUCCCAUGCCGGCGUAUGCGCAGUGGCAGCUACAUCAAGGCCAUGGCGGAGGAAGACAGCGGCGACUCAGACUGCAGCCCCAAGCCCUCGCCCAAGGUGCAGGCGCGCCGGGCAAGCUAUCUGAAGGCCACACAGCCAUCGCUCACCGAGAUGACCACCCUCAAGAUCUCCACUGAGUCGCACUCUCCCAAGUUGCAGAUCCGGAGCCACAGCUACCUGCGUGCGGUGAGUGAGGUUUCCAUCAAUAGAAGCCUGGACAGCUUGGACCCGGCAGGGCUGCUGGCCUCGCCCAAAUUCCGCUCGCGAAACGAGAGCUACAUGAGAGCCAUGAGCACCAUUAGCCAGGUGAGCGAGGUGGAGGUGAACGGACAGAUGGAGGCAGUGUGCGAGUCCGUUUUCAGUGAGAUGGAGUCUCAAGCGGUGGAUGCUCUGGACCUCCCCAUGUCAGGCUGCUUCCGUAUGCGCAGCCACAGCUACGUCCGUGCCAUCGAGAAGGGCUGCUCCCAAGACGAGGAGGACAGGGUCACCAUGGUGGGGGGAAACAUGAGGGCUAUCUCAGCCCCCCGGGCCACCACCACCGUCAGGACCAUCCAGAGCAGCACAGUGUCGUCAUGCAUUACCACGUACAAGAAGACGCCUCCGCCGGUGCCGCCGCGCACCACCCCACCCAAACCUGUCAUCUCCAUCACGGCCCAAAGCAGCACCGAGUCGGCCCAGGACGCAUACAUGGACGAGGGGUCAGGCCUCCGGACCCAGAGCAGCUCUUCCCGGCCCCACCUGUCCAACUCCACUGAGAGCAUCGACAGUAUGAAGGCCCUGACGGCAGCUAUCGAGGCAGCUAACGCCCAGGUCCACGGCCCGGCCAGCCAGCACGUCACUAACAGCACCAUCACCAUCACCGCCACCGCCACCACCACUGCCUCCAGCAACAGCAAGAGAGACGCGCUCCGGAAGUGCCUCUCCAUAGGGAUACAGGUGGAUGGACCAGAGGACGUUAGGGGGAGAGAGGAGCACUCCAAGUUCCAGUCAGUGGGUAUCCAGGUGGAAGAGGAGAGCUGUUACCGCAGGAUGACCAGGUCCAACAGUGUGACCACAGCAGUCCAGGCUGACCUAGACGACCCUGACUACUAUCCCGUCGACGCUCCAGAGAUGGUGAUGCGCCACUCGGCCACCAUGCCCCGCCAGUACUCCCGGGACUCCGCCACCUCCACCGUCUCCAUCCAGGGCUCGGGCAACCACUACCACGCCCUGACUGUGGAGGAGUACGGCGAGGUGGGUGUCGACCCAUCCAUCCUGCCCCCACCCGACCCCUGGAUGGACCAGGUGGAGGGCCCAAUGGAGGUGGUGGGGGAGAGGGGGUCGUUGUGUCCCAGGGACGGGCGCUGGUACCUCAAGCUGCUGCAGGCCGAGAUGGAGCGCAUGGAGGGCUGGUGCAGACAGAUGAAUCAGGAAGAGAUGGAGAACGAGCUGCCGGACGAGAUCCUGGGGAAGAUCCGCAGUGCAGUAGGCAGCGCCCAGCUGCUCAUGUCUCAGAAGUUCCAGCAGUUUCGGGAGCUGUGUGAGGAAAACCUGAACCCCAAUGCCAACCCCAGGCCCAUCUCCCAGGAUCUGGCUGGUUUCUGGGACAUGCUGCAGCUGUCCAUCGAGAACAUCAGCCUAAAGUUUGAUGAGCUGCACCAACUCAAGGCCAACAACUGGAGACCCCUGGACCUCCCCGUGAUAAAGUGAGCUGGAUUGUUGAGAAGUCACUCUUCCUGCCAUGCACCGUCGGGCCUCGCUGACCUUGCUGGCCACUCUUACCCCACGCACACCCCUCGCCUACCUUCUGCCGCGUACUCUCACAAAAUGGCCACAGCCAUCACCACCCACAUGAAAAAAUACAACAGUUUACUAUAGAAUACUACAGUACUUACUGUAGAAAUCAGUAGUAAACUGUAGCAUACUGUAGAAUACUAUACUACACACUGUAGUAUUUUUAUUUAUUUUUUAUUUUUAUUUUACCAUUAUUUUACCAGGUAAGUUGACUGAGAACACGUUCUCAUUUGCAGCAACGACCUGGGGAAUAGUUACAGGGGAGAGGAGGGGGAUGAAUGAGCCAAUUGUAAACUGGGGAUUAUUAGGUGACCAUGAUGGUUUGAGGGCCAGAUUGGGAAUUUAGCCAGUAUCCCUCGAUCAUGUGUAGUACUUACUAUAGAAUGUUGUAGUAUACUGUGGAAUACUAUAGUAAAUACUACAGUAUACUACAGUAAAGUCAGCAAAAACACUACAGCGAAUACUAUAGUAUUUAUACAGUAGUAUGCUAUAGUAUUUUUUCAUGUGGGCACCAACCGUAACCUCACUCUCGUGAACCCUGUUGCAUGCUCUCACACCAUGCAAGCUACAAAAAACUGCUGAUGUCAUGUCAGUCAUGCAUUCUUUAACCUCCACACAAAAUGGCUGCCGUUGUGCCCCUACUGCCAGAGGCACAGAAGAUGUCCUCUUACUGUUUGUCCUCCCCCGUCCAUCCAGGAGAGACGGUUCGCCCCUCCAGUGCCAAAGAAGCCCCACAGGGGCCACCCUCCCCUGGCCAGGGACCGUUCUCUGGAGAGCUCCGAGA